AUGCCGGCGGGAUUAUCGGGAUCCAGCCCGUCUCCUAGUCCGGUGGAGCACAGCUUAAUUCCAAACGAGGAGAAGCGGGAGGCCGAUGGCGACUGCAGUGGCAGCGAUGAUGACGUGGAAAGCGUGGAGGAUGACGUGUAUGUCGGUCACCGCCAUAAACAGUCUCGUCGUUCGAUCCUUUCGGGACGGCUCGGGACGUUCGCUGCGAUGGUCAUGGCCGUCGCGUUCUUCUCAGUGGUCCUGGGGUUCGCCCUCGCCAUCUUCCUCACGUCCCACUCGCACGCCUCCUGCUCCUCCGCAUUUGACGGGGGCGGGGGCCCUCCGCCCUCCCCCACAGGCGCGCUGGACGGGCAGCCCACGGUGAUCCUCGUGUCGUUUGACGGGUUCAGACACGGGUACCACCUGAAAGCUGACACACCGAAUUUGAAUAGGAUGCUGGCAGAAGGUACAUUCGCAGAGCAUGGCAUGCUGCCCGUCUUUCCCUCGCUCACCUUCCCCUCGCACCACUCCAUGGCAACGGGCCUCCUCCCUGCAUCGCAUGGCAUCAUCGCCAACAAGUUCCGCCUCCCCUCCAACCACAGCGACGUGUUCUCACCAGGGAAUGUCGACCCCAGAUGGUGGCUGGGCGAACCCAUCUGGACCACUGUGAACCGGCAGGUGAGGGGGUGGGGAGGGCAGGGGGAAAGGUCAGGGGUGUGGGGAAUCAACACCAACAAGCUCCACAACCCCUCCAACCACAGCGACGUGUUCUCGCCUGGGAAUGUUGAACCCAGAUGGUGGCUGGGCGAACCCAUCUGGACCACUGUGAACCGGCAGGUAAGGGGAAGGGGAAGGGCGUUGAAGAGGGAUGAAACAGGAGAGGGAAAGGCAAGGGGUGUGGGUGAACCGGCAGGUGAGGGGAAGGGGAAGGGCGUUGAAGAAGGGAGCAACAGGAGAGGGAGAUGUAAGGGGCGUGGGCCAUCGUGUUCUCUCCAUUUGAUGACUGGGCGAACCCAUCUGGGCCACAGUGAACCGGCAGGUGAGGGGGUUGAAGGGGUUCGGACCAGCCUUCCCUCCUUCCUCUCACUUUUCCUCCCCUCCCCUCUUCCCCCAUUCCACAUUGCCUCCUUCUCUCCUUCCUCCCUUCCCCAAUGCCCCUUCUCCCCUUCCCCCCUUUCACCCGUCUCCCCUUCCCUUUUUCCCCUUUUUCCCCCUUUCCCCUUCGCCCAUCCCCCCUUCUUCCCCUCUCCCCUGUCGGCCUUUCGCUUUCUGCUUUUCUGGUUGUUACUUUUGCAGGGCUUGCAGGCGGCAACAGUGUUUUGGCCGGGUUCUGACGUGUCGCGACCUGAUUGGCCGUGCCCGUCAGACUACUGCCUGCAAUACAACGAGUCGAUGCCAUUUGAACAGCGAGUGGACCAGGUGCUGGCAUGGCUGGACCUGCCUGCGCCCCUCCGCCCCUCCUUCCUCUCACUCUACUUGGAGGAGCCAGACGAGAGUGGGCACCUGGGAGGCCCGGACACGCCUCUGGUUGCUGCUGCUGUGAAGCGGGUCGAUGGCAUGCUAGGGCGCCUCUUGACAGGGCUUGAUCAGAGGAGCAUGACCAACGAUGUGAAUCUGCUGCUAGUGAGCGACCAUGGCAUGCUGGCCACAUGCAAAUCGCGAGUCAUCUCCCUGGAGCAGUUCGAGCCGUUCAUCCCCGGCCUCUCCCCCGCUUGGAUCGACUUCAGCUACCCGCUUCUCGGCAUCUUCCUCCCGCAAACAGACGCGCAACGCCGCCCGGGGUCUGCCGGCCAGGACUUUCGGAUGGAUGCGGCAGCAGUCGUGGGGGCUAUGAGGAGGGCGAUUGAAGGGGGGGGCAUUGUGAAUGGAGAGGCGCUGAAGGUGUAUUUGAGGGAGGAGUUUCCUGCGGAGUUUGAGUUUUCGGGAAGCGACAGAAUACCAGCUAUCUUGGCGCUGGCAGAUGAGGGCUACUCGGUGGUAUACCACCACUCGUCAGCAUGGGAUGGGGGCAUGCACGGCUACGACAACCGCCUUCCCUCCAUGCGCUCCAUCUUCAUGGCCCGAGGGCCGCGCUUCGCCUCCCACCGCAGAAUACCCACCUUCAGGAACACAGAGCUGUACAAUGUGAUUAGAAGCAUCUUGGAGAUUGAGCCUGCACCCAACAAUGGAUUCUUUAUUUCUCUUUCCUUCAUCUCUCUCUACCCAUCUUACUGCCCCAUGCAGCUGUACAAUGUGAUAACAAGCAUCUUGGAGAUUCAGCCUGCAUCCAACAAUGGGUCCUCGUCUUUUCCAGACACUAUACUAGUCUAA